AUCGUAACGUCAUCUUACACAAGCGUUGGGCCACCCCGUACGGCGUCCGCACCGCAAGCGCGGCGCUUAUGACUUGCGGGCGAGGAUGGGAGCUGGUAACGAACAACGCCUUAAUUAAUCGCAGUGCCGUUAAUACUUCUCUUGUGGCAUCGAGUAUCUGUAGCUAAUGAGUUAAGUUGGUAGGCAUAAUGAAAUUCAAGAAUGCUAGGCAGCAUAAAGUAGCUGUAAGUACUAUCAAGUAGCGCAAAGAGUCAUCUGCAGAUAACCCUAGGUCGUUUGUUAUUUCAAACCUUUUCAGACCGUUUGUAUUAGGAACUCAAAACAAAACUUGACGUAUUCCGCCAUAGUUGACGGUUAAGAACUCGGUUAUCAGGAAAGACAGGCAGGCAGCCGUCGAUCAUCAUCUGCGGCUGCCUAGAUAUCGUAACUACGGUAAUUCUUUCCCGUUUUCAAAAAAACUGGCCUAAUGUUACCUUGUAUUGUAAAAAAUAUGAAUAAAGGCCCAUAGAUUCAAGCGUUUGACCUAUUUCGGUACAGAAAUACUGUUUGCUAAAAUAAAAAUAAAAGUGUCAACGUAAUACUUUCCGUGAAAAUGUCACCAUUAUACAUUGUCACUAGUUUUAUAGAAUGCAAACUAUGUUUUCGAUAGGCUAUUAUAAAUUUACGGUUCAACAUCAGUGGGAGUGUCAAAAGUUAUUACAUGUAAAAUAAUUUGAUUUUACCUAAAUAACGUCAGUUUUUCAAAAUGUAUAUAGCAUUCAAGUGGCUUUUUGGUUUGACUGUCGCCAUGUGGAUAGCCAUGUGCUGCAUUGAUAUAAUUGUCAAUAGCAAUUUACCAAUCAAACGGGAGGGUUGCCACCAGAACCAGAUUUUAAACCAGGUUUUGACGAGGAAUGCGACGCCAGUAGUCCGCGAUGUGGAGUUGCAGCGAGACAUUUAUUUCAAGAACAUACGCGACAAACACCGCGGUGCGGCCUACCUGCCGUGUGUCAUGUUUAUGGCUGGUGCCCUGAUGGUGUCUCUGUACAACAAGAAAAAUGAAAUUGCGCUGUACACAAAGAAGAAAUUUUCCAAAAUAAACGCAAACGCUGUUAUUGAGAGGACACAAGAAUAUAUAAAUCUAAUCCUGAUCAGAUUGUACGAAUUGUCUUUAGAAUAUAGUACAAUAUUGUAUGUGUUCAUGAACACGGAGGUGUUGAGAUUAUGGGAUAAGUUACGUGCUUCGCUCAUGUGGAAGGUAACAGAAAAGCCAAGGAUAAAUAUUAUGCUACUUAAAAAAUUACAGGAAAUUGGCGAGGAGAGAAAAAACUUAGGUCAACUUUUAAUCUCAGCUAUCCAUGAAAACAAAAAUAUUAGAAUGCAAUAUGAGUUGGAGAAUAUGGCCAAAAACAGACUCGUGAGGCACAUUGAAAACACACAGAAGCUAAUAAAAGAAAAUAGGUCGAGAUAUGUUAGUUUCCAACAAUUAUAUUUAGUCACUCAUCAAGAAAACUCAUUUCUAAAAUCUCGGAUUAAGAAACUCAUGAAAGAAAAGGAGGAAGUCGAGAAAAAUUUGUUGGAGCUGAUGAACGAAGUGUACAAAUCCAAAAACAAUCAACUCAAAGCAUUUUGCAGUCGAUUUAUUGUAAGGACGACCGAUAACUUGUUAAAUUCAGAUAUAGGCGCAGAGAUUCAGAAGUUCAAGAACAAGUCUCGAUCACGGGCUGUGGACACCGAUUCCAACUGGCAGCUAACCGAGAGCCUCGACGCUAAAGCUAGCUCUACCAGUUGGCCUCCAUGUGCCAACCCGCGGUUUGCCGAAAUCGUCCAAGACGAUAUCCUGGUGCCCUUGGUAACGGACGCUCCCAAACUGAAGGGCCUGCCAGGGGAAUAUGUUUGGACUGUCAAAGAUAAAGAUGGUCUGAUAGAAAAGUUGUACGAAUAUGAUUACGAGUCAGACUUAGACGAUGGUGAUACCAUCAGAAGAAUUAGACAGUAUUCUGUUUAUUACGACAAGGACUGUUUAUUGGAUUUCAAAAAUUCAAGAACUAUUCUAAAUGACGGUAGAGCAAGAUCUCAACGUCUGAAAGCUCGCUUUGGUGGUAUGGAUUAUCCAACAACAGGACAAGGUUUCUUAACGGGCUCAGAAGCGUUUCAAAAGUUCUUGCAGAAUAAUAGAAAUAUGUUAACCAGUACUACAGCCAGACUCAGCUUGCCCAGACCGCCGUUAUUGAGCGCAUGAUUUUGUAGAUGUUUUGCUUUUGGAUGUUAUAUAUUUUGAGAGUAAAAUUAUUUUUAUUUUUUAUCAAGUAUAUUUAUUUUGUAUUUUUUCCAAGUACCCUCAGAAUACAUAUGCAUUUCUGCCACUAUUUUAAGAUGUUAAUUAAAUAUAUAUGGCAACAUCGUAGUUAUAA